UUGUCCAGUUCUCCCUCUCUGUCCCUCAGCAGGCUCUCCGUGGAGGCCCAGGCCCCUCUGCUCCCCAUGGGCAGCUGCCAGGCAGGGCACAACCUUCAUCUCUCUCUGGCCCACCACCCGCCUCUGGUCUGUGCCACUUUGGUCUUGCUGCUUCUUGGCCUCUCCGGCCUGGGUUUCGGCAGAUUCCUCCUCACCCAUCAGACUGACCUGCGCAGCCCCGACAUCCCUCAGGACUGGGUCUCCUUCUUGAGGUCUUUUGGCCAGCUGACCCUGUGCCCUGUGAAUGAGACCCUCACAGGGAAGUGGCAUGGGUCUCACGUCGUGGGUUUACUGACGACCUUGAAAUUUGGAGAUGGUCCAGACAAUAACAAGACCCAGACGUUUCAAGCCCAGAUUCUGGGUAGUCAGAUGGGAUUGAAAGGGUCUUCUGCAGGAGAGCUGAUCCUCAUUACAGCCAGGGUGACUGCAGAAAGGAUGCCAGAAACCUGCUUGUACUUCAGUGCUGGCCCGGAAAUCCUGCCUUCCAGCCAGCCACCUAUAUCCUGCUCAGAGGAGGGAGCAGGAAAUGCUACUCUGAGCCCUAGGAUGGCUGAGGAUUGUAUCAGGGUCUGGAGCCAUGAAGGCCUUGUGCUCACCAAACUGCUGACCUCUGAGGAGCUGGCUCUGUGUGGCUCCAGGCUGCUGAUCUUGGGCUCUUUCCUGCUUCUCUUCUGUGGCCUUCUCUGCUGUGUUACUGCUGUGUGCUUCCACCCACGUCGAGAGCCUCACUGGGCUAGAACCCGACUCUGAUGGCAUUGGCCCAGUUCCUGCCUUGUUCUCAGGUCUGAAUCAACCUCUUGGGCCUUGGUUCUGAGAUGGAAGAGAUGUUACAAAAAGUGAAGAGCUGGGAUGUGGGGAUGAAUAAAAAGCUUUUUUUGCCUAGU